AUGCAUUCUAGCGCUCUCGUGGGCCUUUUGGCUUUUGCCUCUGCUGCGUCGGCGAUUCCCGUCACCUCGCGCAGUGCACACUCUUCUGCCUCCGUGUCGAAUCUACGGUCCAAGAUCAAGAAUGUAGUUCUUCUGUGUAUGGAAAACCGCUCCGUGGACAAUCUUUUGGGCGGGCAGACUAUAAAGGGACUUGAGAACCCUAUCAACAAUGGUCCAUUCUGCAAUCCUUACAAUGUCAACGAUCCUUCUCAAGGCCAACAUUGCACCGAGGCCCGUGACUACGACUCAGUCACCAAUGACCCCAGCCAUGCUGUUACUGGUAACACCAUGGAGUUCUACAGUGACUGGAAUCCUGAUAACCAGGCGAUUGCGGAUGGCAAGCUUGUUGCCAAUAACAACGGUUUCAUCCACGAGCAAAUUCACAACUACGGCUCGAACACCAACAAGACGGAGCUUGCCAUCCAAGUCAUGAACUACUACACUGAAGACCAGGUUCCAGUUCUGACUUCGCUAGUUCAGAAUUAUGUUACCUUCAACCACUGGCACUCUGAUAUCCCAGGUCCAACUGACCCUAAUCGUUUUGCUCUUGUGGCCGGUACCUCGGGCGGGCACGGUAGCAACGACGAUUCCUUUGGUACAUAUGCGUUUACCCAGCGCUCGAUUUUCCAGCAGUUGGGUGAGACCAACCACAGCUGGUUGAACUACUGGGAUACUGCCGGUGGUACGGGCCCUGAAGCUCAAUGGUUCUCAUGGACCAAGGAAACCGGCAACCAAGAUAAGGUUGUCCCUAUCGACCAAUUCUAUACCGAUGCGGCCAACGGAGCCCUGCCCGAGUUCUCUUACCUCAACCCCUCCUGCUGUGGUGUUGGUACCACUUCCAUGCACGAUAGCGGUCUCGUCUCAGACGGCGAGGCCUUCAUCAAGAAGGUCUACGACUCCAUCCGCUCCAGCCCCCAGUGGAACGAGACCCUCUUUGUCUUGACUUUCGACGAGACGGGUGGCUUUCACGACCACAAAUCCCCCAGCGGCGAGGAGUACACUCUUGAGUUCAACCGUCUCGGAGGUCGCAUUCCCACCUUCCUCAUCUCCCCAUGGGUGAGCAAAGGAUACGUGGAGCAGAAGGGCACCAAUUACCAGGGCAAUAGCCAGUCGUACUCCGCUAGCUCUGUGCUCCGCACUCUCGGCUACCUUUGGGAUUUCGAGCCCUUCAACCCUCGUGUCCAGGAUGCGGCCUCUUUUGACCACUUGAUCCUCGCUGCUCCUCGUAAUGACACCCCAAGUCUUCUUCCCAGCUCGGAGACUUUUUCUCUUUAA